UUUGGCUCAGUCAUAAAGAAGAAGAGUGGACAAAGCCAGGCUUUGAAGUUGAUUGUGCGAUGAUAUCCGUGAAGUCUUCUGAAAAUAAAUACUUAAAGAAACAUUAUCAGCAAUUUGCCAAAAAUAAAAAAAUGUAACAGAUGAGAAUCAAGCUAAAGGCAAAUAAUAGGUGCUGCACUCGAUUUCACAUAAAGUUCCACAUUGGUCAUCAUUGGAAUCUUAUCAGAUAUGAACCGAUCUACCCAUGGCAGCAUUCGAUCUUCAACUUCAACGGUUUGCAGCAGCAAAUCAUUCCAAAGCAAAAUGGAUAAAGUAUCGGAAAGAUUAUACGAUGUCGUCAAAAGUGGAUCGAUGGUAAAAAGAGCGCAAAAUAAAAAACGCUUUACACCCGUCAACUAUAAACAACGCUGGUUCGAACUAACUAAAAAAUCUCUAUCAUAUUUCGAUAUGGAAAACGUUGAACGCCGUCGAGAGCGUGGCCGGGUGCCUGUGAAAGGUGUUCGAUUGGUUGAAACCGCUGUUGUAAGUGGUGAAGGCGGAGAUCCGUUCGCGCCAAGUGGGUAUCCUUUCCAAGUUGGCUACUGUGAGUCCUCCAACGAUCAAACGCAAUCGGGUCGUUCUGUACCGCAAUACAUUUUAUAUUUAUUAGCAAGUAGUGAAAAGGAACGUGAUGAUUGGAUACGUGCCAUAAGACAAGUUUGUGAACAAACGAACACACCGAAGUCAUAUCGCUACCAUCCUGGUCUUUGGACUGGAAAACGUUGGUCCUGUUGUAAGGGGAUAAGUCGAGCUACUUUCGGCUGUCAGGCCGCAACACACUGGCUGGAAGCGAAUAAUAAUCCAAGCACUGGAAGUUCUCCUGCCCAGAAUUCAACUCGUAGCAUCAGUCCAAACAACUCAACCUCCACCAGUCAAUUCAAUCUGCAUCACAACAGCUCUGGAAGUUUGGGUAGCUCAACGCCCACAUCUGCACAAAUACAACCUUCUGUUACCACAUUUAAGCAAUCACCAAAUAUUUUGAACAGCGGCACUACAUUGUUGGACAACACCAUGCCGGGGGGUAUUCCGACGCCGGGUACUCCAAACUCUAAGGCUAAGGACAACUCCCAUUUUGUCAAGGUUGUCGUGGCCUUGUACCCGUUUAAGGCCAUUGAAGGCGGGGAUUUAUCACUUGAGAAGAAUGCUGAAUAUGAAGUAAUUGAUGAUUCUCAAGAGCACUGGUGGAAAGUAAAGGAUGCUUUGGGCAAUGUUGGUUACAUUCCUAGUAAUUACGUCAAGCCCAAAGCUUUACUGGGGUUAGAGCGUUAUGAAUGGUAUGUAGGUGACAUGUCACGUCAACGCGCUGAAUCACUUCUAAAACAAGGUGACAAGGAGGGCUGUUUUGUUGUACGAAAGUCCUCGACAAAAGGUUUAUACACGUUGUCCUUACAUACCAAAGUACCGCAAUCUCAUGUUAAGCACUAUCACAUCAAACAGAAUGCGAGAGGGGAGUACUACUUGAGCGAGAAGCAUUGUUGCGAAACAAUACCCGACCUAAUCAACUACCAUCGGCAUAACUCGGGUGGAUUAGCGUGUCGUUUGAAAUCAUCGCCUUGUGAUAGACCAGUUCCACCAACAGCAGGAUUGUCACAUGAUAAGUGGGAAAUUCAUCCAAUGGAGUUAAUGUUGAUGGAGGAGCUCGGUUCGGGUCAAUUUGGUGUGGUACGACGCGGUAAAUGGCGUGGUUCGAUUGACACUGCCGUCAAGAUGAUGAAGGAGGGCACCAUGUCCGAGGACGAUUUCAUUGAGGAAGCCAAAGUGAUGACAAAAUUGCAACAUCCCAACCUGGUACAAUUGUAUGGCGUUUGCUCGAAGCAUCGUCCGAUAUAUAUUGUCACCGAAUAUAUGAAACAUGGAUCGCUAUUGAACUAUUUGCGUCGGCAUGAGACCACAUUAAUUGGAAAUAUGGGCUUAUUAUUGGAUAUGUGCAUACAGGUUAGCAAAGGUAUGGCCUAUUUGGAACGCCAUAACUACAUACAUCGUGAUCUGGCCGCUCGUAAUUGUCUUGUGGGUUCUGAAAAUGUGGUAAAAGUAGCAGAUUUCGGUUUGGCGCGCUACGUUUUGGAUGAUCAGUAUACAAGUUCCGGCGGCACUAAGUUUCCUAUUAAAUGGGCACCUCCAGAAGUAUUGAACUACACGCGUUUCUCGUCCAAAAGUGAUGUCUGGGCUUACGGAGUGCUAAUGUGGGAAGUGUUCACCUGUGGCAAAAUGCCUUAUGGCCGUCUCAAGAAUACCGAAGUGGUGGAACGUGUUCAGCGCGGUAUUAUAUUAGAAAAACCAAAGUCAUGUGCAAAGGAAAUAUACGAUGUUAUGAAGAAAUGCUGGUCGCACGGUCCAGAAGAGCGUCCUUCAUUCCGCAUUCUCAAGGAGCAACUGGCACUCGUCGCUCAAACACUAACUGAUUAAGCUACAACUGAGUUUCUCAACGCGGCAUUCCGUGACUGCCGAAUCAUGUACUGAGUUAAUUUAUUGGAUAUUAGCAAAGAAAUCGACGAGUGAAACCCUACACAUGAUAGAUAAAUAUUUCAUCAAAAAAAAAACUAAACUAGAAUUAAAAUAGUUCAAGGAAAGCGAUAUAAAUAGAAAGAAGAAAGUAGUGUUUGCAUCGAAUGCUUUUUAUUUAGAUAAAAGUAAACGUAAAGAAUGCCAACUACAAAUAUGAAUAUGAAAUAUCAUUCAAUUUUACCGAGUAGUCAAUACUUUUGUUCGAAACUAAACAAGUAUACCCACGUAGUAGAUAUACAUAUAUAUGUACAUACAUAAGUGUGUAUGUAAGACAAGUCAAAACAAAAUAAUUUAAACUUAUGUAAUAAUGAAGCUUCUGCAAAUGUGCGUUGAAUGCAAAUGCAUUCAGCAAGAAAGUUGUAAAGAUAACUAGAAAUCAUCAAAUCAUAAAUGCUUACAUACAUAAAUGCAUCCUAAAAAUGUUUGUAAUUGUGUCAACUAGCCAGCCAGGAUAAUUAAGAAAUCAACCGUUGUUCGUAAGGAGUUUUUGAACUAUUUUUUUAAUAUGAAAUAAUGUUUUGUAUGCUUUUUUAUUGUGCUUUUUACUUUUAUACAUACACGAAAAUGUACGAACGCAUACAAAAAAACUGAAUUUAGAUAUAAAGAAUUCGAAUAUUGAAACUGAUUAAUUAUAACGCCUACGGAUAGCUUAUAU